CAUUGACUAUGCAUGGCUGACUUAGCUGGCGCGCACAAGUUGAACACAAUCUGGCAAAGGCGCGCAGCCGCAGUUCUAAAGGAAUACGCGCGCCGUAAAGUACUACGCGUAAUGUGGCACGGAUGAAUGCGACUUAACAUACCUAAAUAUAUACAUAAUUAGAAGGAAAGGAAUAUUGUGUUCAAUGAAGGUAUUGUUUGAUAUGUGAUAGAUACAAAAAUAAAAAAUUGUAUAAUUUAGCAACUAAUAUUAUUGUAUGCAGUGCGAAAAAAAUAUAUUACAACGCACACAUGCAUACACAUAUGCAAAAAUUGUGUACCUUCCGCCGCAUCCUUAAUUGAAGCGACAAAUGUGUGUAGCAGUUAGUGCAACAACAACAACAAAUAAGCAUAGUGAACUCGUGCGCUCAUUUAGCCCUUCGCCGCAGCUGUUAAAUUCGCUUUAAACGGUCACACAUACAUACAUAUGUACAGCUAUAAGCUAACCGCGUCGCGUUUAGGGGAUCGAGCACGCAAGUGAGUGUAGCGCAUGCGCGAGUGCAAACCCAACGAGUAACUAAACUACCUUACAACAACACAAACAAAAUCUACUCAAAUACAUAUACUUUUGCGUAAAUGUAUAUGUAUGUAUGUAUAUAACCCGACAAUACAAAAGUAAGUAAAGGUAUUGCAAUAAGAAAAUUAGGGGGCUCUUUCCUGCUGGAGGGGACUGGUGAUAAUAGCGGCAGCUGCUAUUUUUUCGGUUACUUCAAAAAAAUUAAAUUUUAUACACGUGUUUGUGUGCAAAAGUGCAUAUCAACGAAAAUAUUUACAUGCUUACAUCUAUACAUACAUGUGUUGGCACGGCAGCUGCUUGAAAUGAAAUUGGAUUUGCGGCUAAAAAUAACCUACGCUAUAACAGGAAUACAAUCUUAUUUGCUAUUUGAAGCCGACGAAAAUAAAAAUAAUAUGUGUAGUGAGAAAAUAUAAGCGUUUAUUUAUUACAAAUUUUGCUCAUAAUAAACUGAAAGCCGCUUUUUGCAUAUCAAAUUGCGUUGCAUUGGUGAAGUUCGGUGAAAAAAAUGUUUCAUUUGGUGUACACAAGUGAUACAAAUGUCUCAGAUGCAUGAAAAAAAUACAUAAGUUUAUAUAUAUUGUAAAAUUCCUCAAAUGUACAUAUAAAUGUUUAAAACCCACCCUAGUGUCUAAAAAAUGCAAAUCUAGCAAAAUCAACAACCCUAAAGUUAACUAAAAGUAUAAUCAAAAUCAUUACAAAGCUAAAUUGAGUGCAAAGAUACCGCUAUAAAUAUAAAAAUCUAUAAAAUACCAACAAACAACAACACAUAUUCCAUUACAUAAUUUUUUCGCAAUAAAAAGUCCAAAAUGGCCCACAGUCUACAAGGACAACAGUUGCGCAAGCCAACUGCCUACGUUGCCGGCAUGAACUGUAGCCUUUACAUAAUUAUGAGCACAUUGACAAUGUAUCUAGCAGCACUGCAAGUGGCCACCGCAUUGCCAGAGUAUACACACUCGCAUCAGCGGCAUCAUCGUCAUCAGCAGCAUGGCAUUGGCGCAGCAAAUUCCACAGCCGCAGGCAGCAGUACGAGCAGCAGYACCACCACCACCGAUACCGCUGCCACCAAUGUGUCGUCGUUGGGCAUGCAUCACACCAAUUGGCGUCGCAUCGAAAUGAUGGAUGCCAAUGGCCUGUACUGGCUGGAGUGGUGGCURAAAGGCACCACCUCGAAGGAGAUACACUUUCGUGCUACUGUCAAUACACGUGGCUUCAUUGGACUCGGUUUUGCGCGGAAGAAUCCCCGUAUGGCCAAUGCUGAUUUGGUGUUGCUGUGGGUCGAUGAUCGCACCGGCAAAGCCAAUGCGCUGGACUGUCAUGGCUCUGCAAAGCAUCCCAACGCAGCCCCGAUUCAAGACGAUACGCAAAACUACAAUGUGAUUGAUGGUGGGCAAAACGGAACACAUACAUGGCUGGAGUUCUCACGUAAAUUGGAGACUUGCGAUCCCUACGAUUUGCCAUUAGGGGUCGACACCGUCAAAGUGCUAUGGACAUUCGGCGAAACCGAUCCUAUUUAUGGCGACUUAAAGGGCCAUGGCAAGAAUCGCGGCUACAAAUCGCUCAACUUGCUCGAUCCAAUGUUUCGUAAGGAAGUUAACACUGACACACACAAAUGGGAUGUUACAGUGCAGAAUGUCACAAUUGAGCCCAGCAUGGACACACUAUACUGGUGCAAGAUAAUACGUGCGCCCACGCUAAGCGAGAAGCAUCACAUAAUAGGUUAUGAAGCAUUAUUAUCACGUGAGAGCAACACCAAUCAACCGCUUGUACACCAUAUGACACUCUUUGAAUGCACGACCAAGUCAUAUCCCGGCUCGGAUCCACACUCGUGGGAGGUGUGGGUGAAGAGCAGCGGCGCGGUAUGCAACAGUAAUUUAUUGACGCCACAUGAUUGGGACUCAUGCAUAACACCAGUGGCGGUGUGGUCUAUUGGCUCGACAGGACAAUUUUUGCCACAGCAUGUCGGCAUACCAGUGGGCGGCAAACAAGGCGCUAAGUAUUAUAUGCUCGAGAUACACUAUGACAAUCCACACGCACAGCAAAUGGUCGAUCACUCGGGCUUUCGCAUACAUUACACGAGUCGUUUGCGACCGAACGACGCGGGCAUUAUGAUUUCUGGCGUCUCCGUUUCGGAUACACAGCUCAUACCACCCGGUCAGAAGCUAUACCGCAACAUUGGCAUCUGUGGGCCAUCCUGCUCAAAUGUGAUGUUUCCUGCUGACGGCAUUAAAAUCAUCUCCGGCACAUUGCAUUCACAUCAUGCUGGCCGCAAAAUGACGCUGCGUCACGUGCGCGAUGGCAAGGAGCUGGAACGCAUUAUCGAGGAUGACAACUAUGAUUAUAACUUCCAGCAGGUGCGUCAGCUGGAACAAGAAGUCGUUGUAUUACCAGGCGAUUACAUUAUUACCGAUUGCGCCUAUGAGACACUGAAUCGCAAGCAUCCGACCUUCGGUGGUUACUCAACCAAACAGGAAAUGUGUCUGUCCUUUAUCACCUACUAUCCACGCAUUGAGCUAGCUGGCUGCUACAGCAUGACGCCGGUGCGUGAGUUUUUCGAAACAUUUGGCGUUUAUCAAUUUUACUCGCUCAACAUGACAGAUGUGGAGAAUUUAUUCCUUUACAACGGCAAUGUCCUGGACUAUAUACCGAAUACGAUUUAUGCCAAAACGAAAAAGAAUCGCGUAAAUAUGACGGAUGAAGAGCGACUAUAUGAAGAAUCAUUGCUAAACAAACUGAUCAUCUCCGAUCCCGUCGAGUUCCAUGAUCGCACAUUUUUAUCACAUUUGAAACAGUUACCUUGGUCUGAGCCGCUCUUUACGAAGCGCGUCGAGCAAACCAUGAUUACUGGCAAGCAUAUGACGUUCUGUAGGGUGUCCAAUGAGUCGCUCUCAAUACCGUCGGAGAUUAUACGCUAUCCCAACUUUACAACAUACGUGAAGGAACCCAGCAUCUGUCCAUUCCAAAUGCUAAUGGACAGCGCACCACUCAACAAGGGCACAGCGAUAACGUUGCAAACCGCAACCGCAACGCUCUCGAUCGUGGUGCUCAUGCUGCUUAACUGCUAUUUAUGCUAGUUCAUGAUCAUUAUACAAAUAUAUAUAUAUAGUAUAUAUAUUUAAUAUAUAUGAAGAUAUAUUACACAGUAGUAUUAUUUAGU